CAAAAAGCGCGGAUUAAUAUCUGAAAAACUAGCUGGGACCCGUUUCAACUGUGUCAAGUCUAACAUGCUUUUAGAAAGCUAAGCCCUAGAAAAAAUUUAAGAAAAUUCCUAUCGGACUAAAACAUGCAAAAAACAAGGAUAAAGUGAUAAGUGAUUAAAGAGAUGGUCAAAAAAAUUGAGGAAGAGGGUGCGUUGUGGCCACUUUAUAUUAUUAUAAAGUAAUGUUGCAAAAUAUAACUGAUGUUUUUGAGUGACAGCUUAUUGUUCUAGGUAGCUACAUAAAGAAAAAUGAUGUGAGAAUAUGAGUAUCGUGCUUAGCUAUCACAACACGUGUCUAACAAAAGACGAUGUUCAGUUACUGGAGAAAAAAAGUUGGCUGAAUGAUAAACUCAUUGGAUUUAUGUUUGAGUAUUUCGAAUAUGAACUCUACGCAGGCCUGCAGUCUUCUGUGGCUUAUAUUUCUCCAGAAGUAACGCAGUUUAUCAAAGUCAUCGAAGCAAGUCACGAAGUCCAAGUGUUUUUGGAGCCACUGUUGUUAAAAGAGAAAAAAGUGAUUUUCUUUCCAGUAAACGAUAACCAAUCACAAAACACAGCAGGUGGAAGUCAUUGGAGCUUACUGGUAUUUGACAAUAUUAACAGCAUUUUUCAUCAUUUCGAUUCCUUAUAUCCAUCAAACGAAUAUGCGGCGAAGAGUUUGGCAUCAAAGGUUUUCAAACACAUAUCAGGAUCCAGUGUGGAAACUUAUCGUUUUGAUGCUCACCAUGAUUGUAGUCAGCAACAAAAUUUUUAUGACUGUGGUAUAUAUCUCAUCUGUCAUGCUGAACUCAUAAGCGAACACUAUCAAACUACCAAUCAAAUUGUUGGCUUUCCUCACGUGACUACUGAAAUGACCAAUGCCAAGCGACAAGAAAUAUACGAGUUAAUAAUAUCGAAGAGAGAUUCGAGUGGAUGAGUUUUAUCUGUUUUGCUUCCAUAAUAACAAUCCAAACUUAACAACUUUUACCUUUUAUAGGAGUUCACAUUAUAUUCUUUAAAUUAUAUCGCUUAUAAAUAUAUAUUUCCAUUACUGCG